AUGUUGAUAUCGAGAACAACAUGUUCAAAGAGUGCGCUUAAGGCAACUUCGAGAAGAAGUUUGUUGAUAGUAUCACUGCGUACAUAUUCUACUUCGUCAGGGAAUAGCAGUAAUAAUAAUCCAUCAACGACAACUAGGAGAGGAUUCCCAAAGACUGGUAGAGUGAUAACGGAACACUUGUCAAAGCUACAUCAGGAUCUCUCAAAGAAUGAGCCAAACUUUAGACAAACGAUGACCAACUCAAUGUACAGUGUCUUUCAAGGUAGAGAGUAUCUGGAAAGAGGUGCCUAUGAACAAGGCGAGAAGCUAAUCAUCGAUGGUUUCAAGACACUCAACACCAAUGUUGACUUCUCCUCGUCCUUGUUCGCUGUGCCCACCCAUGCAAUGGGACUAGCAUCCGUCAGGAAGGGCGACUUUAAGAAUGGUUCAACCUUAUUCAACUUGGCCAUUGACAGGUGUAAAGAUGUAGAUAGUAUUGUAUAUAAGAACUUUAUCCUGCCAGAGGCAUUAAACGACUUGGGACUAUGUCUUGUCAGACAGAAGAAACCAGUGGAUGCUUAUGAGGCGUUUCAACGAGCAGAGACACUGGCCAAUGACAAUGACUUGAAUCAGCUCUCAUCGAUAUUCACAAACAUUGGAGAGUUCUAUAAGGAUGGAAAGAACUUCUCCCAAUCAAACUUGUAUCAUGGCAAGGCACACUACAAGUUGAUCGACAAGGGCAAGGUCAACAUCGACCUGGUGCGCUGCCUGUUGAACCGCGCACAGGUAUUGCGACUCGAUGGCAACAUCAGCGAGGGCCGAACACUGCUGGCCGAAGCCAUCACCACGCUCAGAUCUCUCGAGGCUGGCAAGGACAAGCAGCUCAAGAACAAGCGUCCAAGACACAUUGACUGGGCCAAGAUCCUCAUCGAGUGCGGUCACUUCUACUACGAUGAGAAGGCUUAUGGCCAGGCCAAGAUGAUCCUCAAGAAUGCCAAAGACCUGCUGGAUCUGUUGGAGAUCCCUCACUCGCCCGAUGCCGUAAUCAACACUAUUAAUCUGGCCAUCCUGGAGAAGAAGUACCCGACCACCAACGCAGCGGCCUCUGCCGAGCAGAUCAAGGUGUGGCUCAAGUCCAUCGAGCACUUUUACUCGAGCUUGAAGGAGCAACGCUUCUUCUCUGGCAGUGGCGUCACCAACCUGGUCAAGAAUCUCCAGGAUACCAAGUUGGAUGCCGACAGUCAGGAAGUCAAGAACAUGGUGUUGAUAUCGCCACUUCACUCGCCAUUAUCUAGAGUGACCAUGUAA